AUGCCUCAACCCGAGAGCUUCGAGGAUGAGAAGCAGCGGAUCAUAGAAUCGUGCUUCACCGACUCCAAUGACGAUGGCCAACCGAUGGAAACAUAUCUCACGCAUAUCCGAGUACAAGACUGCAUCCUCCACUUGCCUUCGUCCUCGCCACCUCCGCAUAGAGCAGAGGAUAUCCGCAAGGAGCGCUUCAUCAUUAUCGCCCGUCGCUCAACGGGAACAGCGAGACUCCACAAGGCGAGAGAGAAUGCCGACGGGAGCUUCAGCAUUGGCCGGACGUGGAAUAUCGAAGAUCUGGCAUCCAUCGAGAGCUUUUCCAACGCCACAUUGCCUUCGACAAGCGAGCAAGAGGCCAGGAUGAGGGCGUGGGCGAGUGAUGCAGGAUUCGUUGUGACGUUCGAGAAAGGGUGCUAUUGGCGAGCAAGUUCGGCAGAGGAGAAAGAGCGGUUCAUUGAAGAGCUGGUCAAGACUCUCACGGACCGUACUGGUGGACAGAUGCCGGUGUUGCGGGGAGUCGACAUCGACCAGACAGCACAACUGACCGCAGCUCCCUCAUCCAGUGUGCUGUAG